CGAGUCACCGACCAGCCCGCUUUAUAUAGCCAUCCGGUCGGAUGUCCGUGCAGGGUACGGACCGAAGAAGAUCCCCAUCCGUUUCUCUGCUCGUGCCGAUUAGAGAUGAUGUCCGGUGGCUACCUACAAUUCACUGCCAGCGACCAGAUCCCAGCCGAUCCUGCGACGUGGACGACGGAGGAGAACAAGACUUUUGAAAGAGCGCUGGUGGACGUGCCGGAGGAAGCCCCCGAUCGUUGGUGGCGGAUCGCCGCACAAAUCCCCGGCAAGGCUCCGGAAGACAUCUACCUCCACUACCUCCUCCUCAUCCACGACAUCGGUCUCAUCGACUCUGGCGGCGUCGAUCUACCUCCAUAUGAAAUCGAAACGGGAGAUUUGUCGCCGGAGACGGCGGCGACGGCGGAUCUUCCGAUGAAGGAGGGGAGGAGGAAAGGCGUUCCUUGGUCGGAGGAUGAGCAUAGGAGGUUUUUGGAAGGAUUGGAGAGAUUUGGAAGGGGAGAUUGGAGGAAUAUAUCGAGGUGGUCUGUAAAGACGAGGACGCCAACACAAGUGGCCAGCCAUGCGCAGAAGUAUUAUCUAAGGCAGAGUGUGAAGAAGGAAAGCAAAAGGAAGAGUAUUCAUGAUAUUACUACUUAGAGAGGAACAGAGGAUAUUCAUGAAAUGUAUCAAGGUGUACAAUGUGGGGGUGUUAAUUAGUAUUUAGUACAAAUAUGUGGUGCAUUUAAAGUGAUUAGUGCGUGAUUAGUGUUAUUUUUCAUUCCUUUCCAACUACUUAAUUUCAUUCGUGUCCAGAUUAGCGGGUAAGCAAUUAUUAAAAAUAAAAAAAAAAUGUGAACUUUUUUCGGUCUCUGAAAGUUGAGUACGGUG